AUAAUAAAAUAGGGCGUUAGGGUUUUUGUAUGGAAACUCGUAGUCGGAAAAGAGCAUUAGCCACCUCGAAUUCCACUUCCGGCACCACCACCCCCACCACCGCUACUCGUUCCACUAAACGCUCUCGUCUUUCUUCUUCUUCAAACGUCGCCGUUUCAUCCCUCCCCACUCCCUCACGCGCCACUUCUUCUUCUAACAUGAAUACUAACCCCCCUGAACCUUCCGCCUCAACCUCCGCCUCCGCCACUCGCGGCGGUAACAACCCAAACCCUAACUCUAACCCUAACGCUAACCCGAACACGGAUAAUAGUUUAGAUAAAGGUAAAGAAAUAGAAACUGAAACUAAUGUUAGGGUUAGUGAUAUGGAUAUAGAUAAUAGAGAUACAGAUAGAUAUAAUGAGGAUGAUGAUAGUGAUAGUGAAGAUGUAAGGACAUUAAAUCAGAAUAUAACUUCUGCUACAAAUGCACUUCAAGGUUUGUUGCGAAAAAUAGGUUCCGGUUUAGACGAGUUAAUGCCGCCAUCCGCUAAGAAGGCGGCGUCGGGUUCUUCAUCGUCGUCUUCCCGAAAUAGUCAGUUGAAAAAUAUAUUAUCGGAUUUACGGGCGUAUGGGGAACAGGGGAAGCAGAUUGAGGCAUUGUCACAGCUGUGUAAUAUUCUUGCUGUUGGGACUGAGGAUACUUUGAGUGGUUUUUCGGUUGAGUCUUUUGUGCCUGUGCUUGUUGGGUUGAUGAAUUAUGAAAUUAACCCUGAUAUGAUGUUGCUUGCGACUAGAGCGAUAACGCAUUUGUGUGAUGCGUUGCCGUCUUCGUGUAUGUCGGCUGUGGAUCAUGGAGCGAUUCCUUGCUUGGUUGCUAGGUUGCUUACCAUUGAGUAUAUGGACUUGGCUGAACAGUCCUUGCAAGCUCUCAAGAAGAUAUCUCAAGAGCACCCUACUGCAUGCUUACGGGCAGGUGCACUAAUGGCAGUGCUCUCGUAUUUGGACUUCUUCUCUACCGGGGUCCAGCGUGUAGCAUUAUCUACUGCUGCAAAUAUGUGCAAGAAACUUCCAUCUGAUGCAGCUGAUUUUGUCAUGGAAGCCGUUCCUUUGUUAACAAACCUUCUUCAGUAUCAUGAUGCCAAUGUGACAGAAAAUGCAUCAGUUUGUUUGACUCGAAUUGUAGAGGCAUUUGCAGCAUCUCCCGAUAAGCUUGAUGAGCUUUGUAACUAUGGGCUAGUUACACAAGCAGCCUCACUUAUUUCAAUCAGUGGUUCUGGUGGUGGACAGGCAUCUCUCAGCCCAUCUACAUAUACGGGCUUAAUAAGAUUGCUUUCCACAUGUGCAAGAGGCUCUCCUUUAGGAUCAACAACAUUGCUGGUGCUUGGAAUCAGUGGCAUUCUCAAAGAUAUAUUAUCAGGUUCUGGUCUUGUUGCAACGAUGUCUGUAUCACCUGCCCUGAGCAGGCCCCCAGAACAGAUAUUUGAGAUUGUGAAUCUGACAAACGAGCUGCUUCCUCCACUGCCUCAUGGAACCAUCUCUCUUCCUGCCAGCACUCAUUCACUUAUGAAAGGGCAUCUUUCAAAGAAGUCAUCUGCUGGCAGCUCUGACAAACGAGAAGAAACAAGUGGCGGUGCACUGGAAAUCUCAAAUCGAGAGAAGCUAUUGACUGAUCAGCCUGAGAUUCUACAGCAGUUCGGGAUGGACCUUCUUCCUGUUCUCAUUCAGAUGUACGGGUCAAGUGUGAAUGCACCUGUGCGUCAUAAAUGUCUCUCAGUUAUUGCGAAGCUGACAUACUUCAGCUCGCCAGAUAUGAUCCAAUGUCUAUUCGGUGCUACAAAUAUAUCAAGUUUCUUGGCAGGUGUGAUGGCAUGGAAAGAUCCACAAGUACUCUUGCCUUCUCUUCAAAUUGCAGAGAUCCUAAUGGAAAAACUUCCAGAAACUUUCUCCAAGCUGUUUGUCAGAGAAGGUGUCGUUCAUGCUGUGGAUACACUCAUUGUGGCUGAGAAGGAUGCUGAAUCCACAAGCGGAUCAUCCUCACGAUCCAGACACUCUGGACGCCACCUUGAUGGCACCUCAAAUGUAGAUGUGCCUACUGAGGAUCCUAAAAGCACCACUGCUGUUGGUUCCCCUGCUACUUCUGUUGAGGGUCAUGCUGUUAAUUCCAGUCUUCAGGUAGCAGUGAGUACACGUGCAAAGGCUUUUAGAGAUAAAUACUUCCCUUCAGUUCCUGGAGCUGCUGAAGUUGGGUUUACAGAUGAUCUUUUACAUUUGAAGAAGCUUUGCUCAAAGCUAAAUUCUUCUACAGAUGCUAAUAAGUUAAAGUCAAAGGGAAAAUCAAAAGCCUGUGCCCAACAGUUUGUGGAGUUUUCACCUAUCAAAGAAGAUAACUUGUUAAGAGUGAUAGCAGAGAUAAUGGCAGAGCUAAGCAAAGGGGAUGGCGUCUCCACCUUUGAGUUUAUCGGAAGUGGUGUUGUCGAUACUUUGCUCAAUUACUUAUCUUGUGGGUGCUACUCAGAGGAAAGAGUGUCAGAGGUGAAUUUGCCUAAGUUACGUGAACAAGCCAUUAAAAGAUACAAGUCAUUUGUAGAAGUUGCCCUUCCUUAUGGAUUUAAUGAUUCAAAUUUAGCCCCUAUGAGUGUUUUAGUUCAGAAGCUUCAAAAUGCAUUGACUACAGCAGAACGUUUUGCAACAGUUCUGAGUCACAACUUUGGAUCUACAGGAAGUGGACGUGCCUCUUCUGGUUUGGGUGCUUCAUUUCAGCCAAUUAAACUGCGACUUUGCAGAGCAGAUGGUGAAAAAACUCUUCUUGAUUAUUCUACAAAUAUUAUUCUCAUUGAUCCGCUAGCAAGUUUGACAGCUGUUGAAAACUUUCUUUGGCCACGGGUUCAACGUAGCGAGUCUAGUCGGAAGACAUCUACUUCUGUUCAGAACCCAGAAUCUGGAAACUUGCCGGUAGCUGGUAGUGCUCCAACAUCUUCUUCUACUCUUGCUUCCGCUACCUGUCGUCAAUCCACAAGGUCCAGGUCAUCAAUUAAUACAGGGAAUUCUUUGGAAAAGGAAACAAAACCUGAGAAAAAAGCAAGUUCUUCAAAGGGGAAGGGAAAGGCCGUCUUGAAGCCAACUCAAGCUGAGGGGAGAAUUGCUUCAAGAAGAAAGGCUGCUACAGAUAAGGACACUUCGAUGAAGUCUGUGGACAAUGAAACGACAUCUGAGGAUGAGGAUGUAGGGAUAUCGCCUGUCGAAAUCGAUGAUGCGUUGGUGAUCGAAGAUGACAAUAUAUCCGAAGAUGGUGAUGGUGAUGACCGUGAUGAUAUGUUAAGGGAUGAUGCACUUCCAGUUUCAUUGCCAGAUGCUCAUGAUGAAAAGGUGGGUGAUUCAAGCGGUAGAGGAACUCCAUCUAUGGGCUCAGAGUCUACAGAGUGUAAGGGUGCAAUGUCAUUUGCUGCUGCAGCCAUGUCUGGGCUUGCAUCCGCAAACAGUAGGGGCAUCAAAGGAGGUGGAGAUCGUCAUGGGCAGCCCAUCCCUGACUCUAGUGGUUCUCCCAAGCUCAUGUUUACUUCAGGUGGUAAGCAACUUAGCCGAAAUUUAACCAUCUUUCAAGCUAUUCAUCAACAUAUUGCUCUAGACGAGGCUGAUGACGAAAGGACCAGUGACUUCAUAUCUAGUGAUGGUAGCAAAUGGAGUGAUAUCUACACUCUGACUUACCAGAAAGCAGAUAGCCAAGAUCAUAUGAAUAUGGAUUCGACAAGCCCUAAAUCUUCAAAAGCGGGGUCUACCUUGCAGUCUAACACUGAUACACUCGAGCACCAAAUGUCAUUUUUUGAUAGCCUUUUACAAGGAGAACUUCCUUGUGAUUUGGAGAAGACUAAUCCUACUUAUAAUAUUUUAGCUCUACUACGUUUGUUAGAGGGUCUAAAUCAGCUUGCACCUUGUUUACGUGUCCAAUCAGUUAUUGAUAACUUUGCCGAAGGAAAAAUCUCAUGUCUAAAUGACCUCAAUGUAACUGGUUCUAGGGUUUCUGCUGAUGAGUUUAUUAAUAGUAAAUUAACUCCAAAAUUGUCUAGGCAGAUUCAGGACGUGCUUGCACUAUUUAGUGGUAGUAUUCCAUCAUGGUGUUAUCAGCUGACAAAAGCAUGCCCCUUCUUGUUUCCGUUUGAAACUAGGCGUCAGUAUUUCUAUUCAACUGCUUUUGGGUUGUCUCGUGCUUUGUAUCGGCUUCAGCAGCAACAGGGGGCAGAUGGAAAUGGAUCUAUGAAUGAGAGAGAGCUAAGAGUUGGACGAUUACGUCGACAGAAAGUCCGUGUUUCUCGAAAUCGUGUUUUGGAUUCUGCUGCAAAAGUCAUGGAGAUGUAUUCAAGUCAAAAGGCUGUUUUAGAAGUAGAAUAUUUUGGUGAAGUUGGCACUGGGCUGGGUCCUACAAUGGAGUUUUAUACCCUUUUAAGCCAUGAUCUUCAAAGGGCGGACCUGAAAAUGUGGAGAUCCAACUCAUUUGAUGGAAGCAAAGCAAUGGAAGUUGAAUCUGGAGAGAAGAAAGAGGGGAAAACAAGUGACAUUAUCAUCGCACCCCUUGGGCUGUUUCCACGUCCUUGGCCUCUUGCUGCUGAUACCUCUGAUGGUAGCCAAUUUGCCAAAGUAAUCCAGUAUUUUAGACUUCUUGGCUCUGUGAUGGCAAAAGCUCUUCAAGAUGGGAGGCUUUUGGAUCUGGCACUUUCAACACCGUUCUAUAAGCUUGUGCUUGGACAGGAACUUGAUUUAUAUGAUGUUGCUUCAUUUGAUGCUGAACUUGGCAAGACAUUGCGAGAGCUGCAAGCUCUUGUUUGUCGGAAAAAAUUCCUAGAGUUGACGCCUGUGCAUGAUCAUGAUGAAGCUCUUGACUUAAAAUUUCGGGGGGCUUCAGUUGAAGAUCUUUGUUUGGACUUCACACUUCCUGGUUAUCCAGAUUUUGUUCUGAAAUCAAGCAACGAAGAUGUCAAUAUAGACAAUCUGGAAGAUUACAUUUCCCUUGUGGUUUCUGCUACUGUCAAGACUGGUAUUGCACGCCAAAUGGAAGCAUUUAGAUUCGGUUUCAAUCAGGUAUUUGACAUUUCAGCUCUGCAAAUAUUCUCCCCAGACGAACUGGAUUAUUUACUAUGUGGCCACAAAGAGUGUUGGGAGGCUGACAAACUUGUGGAACACAUAAAAUUUGAUCAUGGAUAUACUUCAAAGAGCCCUGCAGUAGUCUAUCUACUCGAGAUAAUGGGAGAAUUCAGCCCGGAACAACAGAGAGCGUUCUGUCAGUUUGUGACUGGCGCUCCUCGGCUUCCACCAGGUGGUUUGGCGGUGCUGAAUCCUAAGUUGACGAUUGUUAGAAAGCAUUCUUCAAAAGCCAGUAGUGUGACAUCCAAUAAGAAUGGUUUGUUGGAUCCUGCUGAUGAUGACUUGCCAAGUGUGAUGACAUGUGCUAAUUACUUGAAGCUUCCUUCUUACUCCAGCAAGGAAAUCAUGUACAAGCAAAUUCUUUAUGCCAUCAGUGAAGGACAAGGAUCUUUUGAUUUAUCAUGAGUUUUGAUCUCAAACAAACAGAAUUUGUACAUUAUAUCAAAAUGCUUUUGGAAGCUUCUCCUGUAAAUGGGGUUGCAUUGUAUAUCAUCUACCUGCUCCAUUCCUGCCUCCUUUCAUGACUGUUCAGUGUUAAGUUAAAUGUGAUGUGGUGAUUAAAUUGUGAUCGCAGCCCAUGCUAAAGGAUGGUCUUACUAAACGGCUCGUUUUCUACAGAUUUUGAAUUGUAAAUAACUAGCAACACGUAUUGUUAAAUCUCUAUCUGCCGUCAACACCACAUGUUUUUGGUUACUUUUGCUAAGGCAAUAUAUGCCGGUUCUGAUUAAGGGGUUA